UCACCACAGCGAUGGCGGACGCCGCGGAGGAAGCCGCUCUGCAGGGCAGCUGGGACCAGGAUCUGGCCGAGGCUCUGGACUCUGGUGGCUCGGACAUGGAGAUGGAGAGAGGCAUCGUGCAGAUCCAAGAGCACUCAGCUCAACAUAAAGCCAAGAUGUGGAAGAUUGCUCUAAAUGUCUCUGGAAAAGGAGACAGCUUGUCACCUUGGGACGGCGUCCUUGAUUUGCCAGAACAGACACUCAUUCACAACCGCAGUCAGCAGCUGAUCGACCAGCUAGGAGUUUCAGAAGAAGAAGGAAGUGACAUGGUGUCCGAUGUAGAGUCGGUCAUCACCUUCUACUGCAAAUCUCGCAACAUCACCUUCACUCCGGAGCUCAGCUGGCCGAACCUACUGAAGCCUCUGCUGGGCCUCCACCUGCCCCGCAGCGACCUCUACAACUGCUUCUACGCUAUCAUGAACAAAUACAUUCCCAGAGACUGUGUUCAGAAUGGCCGACCCUUCCACCUGUACAGACUACUGCUGCAGUAUCACGAGCCCGAACUCUGCUCUUUCUUGGACACCAAAAAGAUCACCCCUGACUCUUAUGCCAUCAACUGGAUGGGCAGUCUGUUUUCCAGUCACUGCCCUGCUGAAGUUACCCAGGCCAUGUGGGACCUGUACCUCCAGCAGGCUGAUGCCUUCCUUAUCUUCUUCCUUAUGCUCAUCAUCCUCGUCAAUGCCAAAGAGGCCAUCCUUGCACAAGAAGGAGGCAGCAAAGAGGAGAUCAUCAAAAUGCUGGAAGCAUCUCCUUCUCUCCUGGAAGCAGAGGAUAUUGAAGAUCUGUUUUCAUUGGCCCAGUAUUACCAGAGUAAAACUCCCCUGUCACUCAGAAAGAUGAACCAGAAUCUGUUUGGUAGCAGCCUGGUGGCUCUUAAAGAGGAGGACACAGACCUCAGUCAGGCUCUGUGCCUUCCCGUAUCUGUCCCUGAAAUCCUGCAGGCCAACCAGCUGCAGCAGGACGGGGUGCGCUUCUUUGUGGUGGAUUGCCGGCCUGCUGAGCAGUACAACGCUGGACACCUGUCCACUGCUUUCCACCUGGACUCUGACCUUAUGCUCCAGAACCCCUCAGAGUUUGCCCUCUCUGUGAAGUCCCUGUUAGAGGCACAAAAGCAGUCGUUGGAGUCGGGCUCCAUCGCCAGCGGCGAGCACCUGUGCUUCAUGGGCAGUGGAAGGGAGGAGGAGGACAUGUACAUGAACAUGGUGCUGGCUCACUUUCUGCAGAAAAGCAAAGAGUAUGUGAGCAUUGCUAAAGGGGGUUUUAUGGCCCUCCAGAAGCAUCUGGUGGACAUGAAUGUUGAGGGCCUUGACUCCUCAUACGUCAACUGGAUUGUCAGCACAUCUGGAUCUCACAGCAGCCUCAGCUCUGCUGACGGAGACUCUUUGAAUAGCCCUGGAGACGGCAAAGGCGUCAAAUCCUUGGUCAACAAAAUGACUUUUGCUCUCAAGUCCAAGUCAGUCAACGUGAAGGAAAAGAUGAUCAGCUUCAUUGAGAACACCUCCACCCCUGUAGACAGAAUAUCUUUCAAUCUGCCCUGGCCAGAGAAGGUGGUUCCAGAUCGACACGUGAGCAGCAGUGACCGCAUUGGCAAACCUUACCGCGGAGUGAAGCCCGUCUUCAGUAUCGGUGAUGAAGAAGAGUACGACACAGAUGAGAUCGACAGCUCUUCCAUGUCGGACGAUGACAGGAAGGAGAUUGUCAAUAUUCAAACAUGGAUCAACAAACCGGAUGUAAAACAUCACAUUCCGUGUAAUGAGGUGAAAGAAACUGGUCACAUGUUCCCCAGUCACUUAUUGAUCACAGCCACUCACAUGUACUGCCUGAGGGAGAUCGCAUCAAGGAAAGGCUUCGCAUACAUCCAGUCCAGACAAGCGCUGAGCUCUGUAGUGAAGAUCACAUCCAAAAAGAAGCACCCAGAACUUAUUACGUUCAAGUUUGGGAGCAACAACUCUGCUGGAGUGGAGAUAUCUGCAGUUGAGAGAUAUUUGAUACCCAACGCAGGUGAUGCCACAAAGGUCAUCAAGCAGCAGAUCAUGAAAGUUCUCGAUGCUCUGGAAAGCUCGUAAACGGAGACGACAGCCUCACUUUGGGAGAUCGCGACACAGACUGUAAGAAAAGUCUCCAUCUCCUGCGUUCCCUCAGGUGUCCUCCCUCCGGGGAGAUCCCAGUGCAGUGUUGACUGUGACGCCCCGUGUCUCUCUUUGGGACAUGUGGACACACCCCCGACAGCAGACCUGAGGGACGGGCUGCGUGUGUCCAAAUACUUAGGUGCUCUGCAGUUAUCCAACCAUUACCUUUGACUACUUUAAGAAACAUUGGUUAUAGUGUGUGUGAUCUUCCUUCCUACUAGUAAAACAUGGGAUGUCAUUACAGUUCAGUUGGGCUUUGAUGAUGUCCCCCCUGGCCUUAACGUAGCAUACUGGUGACCCAGUGGCAAACCUCUUCAACCCCGUACACCACUGACCUUUUCCUUUCACUUCAGCAUAUUAAUUAUGACUGACUUGUUUUGUUGUGAACAGUAUUGCUUUUUUUCUUGACCCGUUGUGUAAACAUUCAUCAUUUUGGUCGGGUAAGCUUGCGUAUAAAGAUCUGUGACCUUAAAGAAGAAAAAGCAGUGCUGGCACACAAGGCAGGUUUCCUACUGCAUCAGUGGUUUUUGAUAACUUUUCAAGCAAGCAGCCUUAUUGAAAUACUUAUUGAGGAUGUUUAAAUAUUUGAUGUAUAUAUUAGUUAAACCUGUCUAUCUGCACAGACCUCUGCAAUGUCAUUUUGAAAGCAUAUCCUAAUAAGAGUAUGCAGAGAAACAUAUAAACCAAUUCCCCUUGUUUCUAUGUUUAAAGUUUAAUCUUUCAGUGUUUCUGCAGGCAUAAUUUAUUCUCAACUUUACUUAUUGUAAAGAACUAUUGUCAUCUCAUUUGAAUUUGAUGUGGCUCUUGGAAAGCAUCGUCCAGAACCCCUCUGGACCACACUGGAGUCCCACCUGAAGCUUCGGUGAUGGUAGUAAAUAAAAGCCUGAGCACUUCAGUAUUUUCUCCAACUGAUUCAGUUUAGUGUGCAAGUGAUUUCUUGAGAACUUGUCCCUGACACUACUAAGAAAUGAAUGAUUGUUGUCAUGGGAGCUGUGCUUCGCACUUAAAAGCACAUCUUUGGGGGGGGAAGAGCUGGUUUAGAGAAAGCUUUGUGUUCUCAGAUUGGCCAGUCUGUUCGGUUGCAUCGGUCAAAACUGAGCAGCUUUAGUUCGCUUGCCACUUUUGCCUUCGGCCUCAGCCUGUGAUGUUUAUUGUUUCUCUUUUUGUGGCACUCGCAGUGGCAACAUAUCACAAUUAUGCUUACUUACGUGUUUGCUUUUAGGUCUACUUGUACUGGCAUCCUGGGGUUUAGGGUGUUGAAGCCUCCUGUUUGACUGCUGCAGUUGAUAUUUCAGUCCAGAGAGCAUUGAUCUCCAUUAUCUCUUCAAUUUAAAUUGGGACCCUGACUAAAAUGGAAGAUGUUAUUUAAAAAAUGUACAAGAAAAACUUGAAUUGAGGACUUCACUACUGUCUUUCACAACAUUCCUGCGUAUCCCAUGUAUUGUAAUUUUGUGAUAUUUUCUUUCAGUAUUCUUAUUGACUACAUCAUCCUUGACUGCACAUCUUUGCAUUACUCUGUACCAUCACUGGGGAAAGGAUGUCAACCACUUGUCAAAGGCAACAUGUCUCAAGUGUAAUUUGCACCUUACUGUACUGCUAUUAUUUUCUAAGCAUUUCCGUUUUUAAUAAAUGGAAAUUACUGGACUGCACCUGUGGAUACAUUAAUUGACGCAGCACACAAGUUAAAGCAUUUCUUUUAACUAUGUGGCUUUUUGUUUUAUUUUUUACAAAUGUUUUUCAUUUUCCUGUAAAUUAUCAUAGAAGUACUCACACUUUGAUACAAGUAUGUAGCUCCACCAGGAGUAGAUGGCUGUGUUUGAGCACAAAUGAAACGACACCAGUCCCUGCAAACGCUUUCCUCAUUUGUUAUAAUUCUAUCUAAUCUUAUUUCAUCAUAAUUACUAUACAGCACAUUUAAAUUCUUGAACUUUAGUAGUAUACAUCUCUGAACAAUGUUAUGGAGUCUGUAUCUGCGCGACUUAGAGGAAGAAGGUGUGCCAUUUUGGGAAAUACUAAAACUGCUGAAGGAGACGCCUCCACAUUUCUCCAACCAGUGUUUAACUGUCUCUUGUUAAUGCAUGUGGCCAGCUGAAGUUUUAGUGAUUAUCUUAUAACUUCAUGUGACAUUUGCAGUGAUCUACACAUUUAACUCUGAAGACAACAUACUGGUGUCAGAACCUUGUGAGCAAUGACUGGCAGUGGACUGAAUCUACCACUGAGCCAUCGCAGGGUUGAUCGCCAUCACUGGCAGAAGACAUUAACAUAUGCACAAUACAUGUUGAUUAUACAAUGGUAAUAAAACUGAGAUUUGAAACAGACUAUUUUGCACAGUCCAGAGUGAAAAUGACCCCUGGCUGGGAAAUGUGCAGCUUGAAGAAACAGUGAACAACACAUAUAUAUUUUAAUCAUUAUGGUCAUGUGUCAGUUUCAGAGAAUGACAUUUUGGAACAAAUAAGGCACCAAUAAAAUCAGUUUUCAUAAAUAUAAAUGUACUUUGUGCUCUGUCCUCACUUUUUGGAUUGAACCAGAAAAAUGACACUAGAGUACGUGUUUUACCUUUUUCAGAAGUGGAAAUGGUGGUUGUCAUGUUUGAACAAAGUAAGCAAG